ACUUGUCCACGAACUUGCUAAUUGUCGAUCGUUGUGUUGCCUUCUUGCUGCCCUUCUCCCCACUCUUCGCAUCCAUUGCCUUUGUCUGCCUGCCUGCAACCCUCUACUUCAUAAACCAUGCCUAACAUUUAAACAAGCAGAAGAACCCACCAUUUUUAACCUUCUCUCCAUUUAGUUCAGAUUGUAUGUUAAAUUGAGGUCCUGAAUAUGGCAGAAGCUACUCGCCUCGUAUGCGUUUUCCACGGUAAAAGUGUUAAAUUUCCAUGUAGAACAUCGGGAUUUACUCGUAAUGAAAGGUUUUGCCGGAGGCUAAUAGUUCAUGGCGUAGCGCUACUGAAAAUUCAAUCUAGUCGCAGAAACUCAAGGUACUCUCAGUUAAUUAAGCCGAAUAUGAACUAUUCUGCAUCAAAAUCAAGAUGUUCGAAUCAGCUUUCAAGAAGAAAAGAGAUGAACUUAUCAUCAAGUAGCAGCAAUGGAAGAACACCUAAGGCAGAAGAGGUAUUUUCAUUUUCAAUGCCUACCAUAUCGAAUUUCUUAGUACAAUGGAGCCAGACACAGAUUGUGAAAAUGGUUGGAUUGCUUGCAUGCGCGUAUUUGGUGAUUCCAUCAGCUGCUGCUGUCGAUUCUCUAAAAACAUGCACUUGCUUGUUGAAGGAGUGCAGGGUAGAACUUGCAAAGUGCAUUGCCAACCCGUCAUGUGCUGCAAAUGUUGCUUGCCUCCAGACCUGCAACAAUAGGCCGGAUGAAACCGAGUGCCAGAUUAAAUGUGGAGACCUCUUUGCGAACAGCGUUGUAGACGAAUUUAAUGAGUGUGCUGUCUCACGCAAGAAGUGCGUUCCUCAGAAAUCCGAUCUAGGCGAAUUCCCUGCCCCCGAUCCUGUUGUUCUAGUUGAAAACUUCAACAUUGCAGAUUUUACUGGGAAAUGGUUCAUCAGUAGUGGUUUAAAUCCUACUUUUGACACUUUUGACUGCCAACUACAUGAAUUCCAUACAGAAGGUGGAAAACUUGUAGGGAAUUUGUCUUGGAGAAUACGGACACCAGAUGGUGGUUUUUUCACUCGAUCAGCUACACAAAGAUUCGUGCAAGAUCCGAACUAUCCGAUUCUUUACAAUCAUGACAAUGAGUACCUUCACUAUCAAGAUGACUGGUAUAUUCUAUCGUCCAAAAUAGAAAACAAACCGGAUGAUUAUGUAUUCGUAUAUUACCGGGGUAGAAACGAUGCAUGGGAUGGAUAUGGCGGUGCUGUUGUCUACACAAGAAGUGCCGUAUUGCCAGAAACCAUUGUACCUGAACUCGAAAGGGCAGCUCAAAAAGUUGGCAGAAACUUCAACAACUUUAUCAAAACCGAUAAUACUUGUGGUCCGGAGCCUCCCCUGGUAGAAAGACUCGAAAAGAAAGUAGAGGAAGGAGAGCGGACACUGAUUAGAGAAGUCGAAGAGAUAGAAGGGGAGGUGGAGAAGGAGGUUGAGAAGGUAGGGAAGACCGAACAGACAUUGUUUCAGAGGUUGUUUGAAGGUUUUAAACAGCUGCAACAAGAUGAAGAAAACUUCUUGAAAGGGCUAAGUAAAGAAGAGAUGGAGCUGUUGAACGAGCUGAAAAUGGAAGCGAGUGAAGUCGAGAAACUCUUCGGAAAUGCACUGCCGAUUCGGAAGCUACGAUAGAUUGUUUCGCAAGUAAUUCAACACAGUUCAGUUGCAAACAUUUUUUUUGUUAGAAACUGAACUGUACAGCGUAUAUCUCUAUAAAUUCACAUGGAUGCUCAAUCAGUUCCACAAAAUAGGAUGAGAUC